AUGGUGCCAAAUCUAGCACUUUCAAAGCUUGAAUUUAUCCGUGAUAUGAUAAAUACUGAUGAACCAUUAACUACAUCCCAGAUGGCCGAGGCUGCUGGCCGCAGCAAGCGCGCAAUCCAGCGAAUCCGCUCUAACUUACGACACUUACGACUCUUCGGUAGGAUUCAGGCACCCCCCAAUAAGCGUAUGGCCACAAGAAGUUUUGACUUCUCCGGCCCUUCCCUUUCUGCGACCGAACAGGCCCGAGCGGUCCAUGGACCACGGUCCAUAGACCAGCUGGGCACAAUGGCCACAGUCUUCAGCGCAAUGGCAUGGGCUUAUGUGCAUCAGUCCCCAGCCCUUUGCCAGUCAUCUUCAGAUUUCGGACUGACGACCUCCGCUGCCUUUAGGCCUGUGGCCACUGGUUGA